AUGCUUUCCGAAUCAUUCGUCGCAUCGACGCUGCUCUCUGCUAAAUCUUCGGCCGCCACCCUGAGAGAUGUCGGCAUUUGCCUGCAGGAAUUCCAGCCUUCUCCUCAAAUUCGAUCCACUUUCAAGAAGAGCUCAACUCAUCCCAAUGGCCUGGCCGUGAGCCCUACGCACAUUUUCGCCGCACAGGCUGACAAGGCCGUCAUUCACGUUUAUAGUCGAGAGAAGGGAAACCAAGAGGCCCUUGUUCCUUUCCCAGAGCGCAUCCGCAGCAUUGCUGUUGCUGGUGCCAAGUAUGGCGAUGUUCUGAUCCUUGGCACAGAAGGUGGCCGGCUGAUCGUGUGGGAGACCUGUACCGGACGCCAAGUAUCCACUACCGCCUCUCAUCUUCAGCCCGUCACCUCAAUCGUUGUCGAUCCCACCUCGAACUUCAUCCUCUCCGGCUCGCCUGAUGCUGCUGUGCAUGUCUGGUCCUUGCCCGGAAUUCUCUCAUUUUCGAAGCCCACCUCAAGCCAAACACGCCAGCCCUCCAAUGCCCCCAUCCGCACUUUUUCUAACCAUCGCGCCGCCAUUACCGCUCUCGCGAUUGGACACAGCAAUGGCCGACACAACAUUGCGGUCUCAACGGCGAAGGAUAAUACAGCAAUCGCAUGGGACUAUCAUACAGGUCGGGUUCUGCGGACAUUUCUCCUCCCAUCUUCUGCGACAUGUGUGGCGCUGGAUCCCGUCGACCGGGCUGGCUACGUUGGAUACGAAGAUGGAAGCGUGCAGUCAAUAGAUUUCUACCGUGGCAACACAGCGCAGCACACCAUCCACGAUGCCUCGCUUCAAUCCACUCCAGCACAAGUGACCUCGGAAGACCGAUGGCUUCCACCUUCGGCCGACUCAGGCUCGACCCUUUUGUCAUGGAACAUUGCGCGCCGCAAGUUUGCGACAACUGUCGGCGACUACACGCACCCCGUUACAAACUUAGUCGCGUUGCCACCAACCGGCCUUCAGCCGGCUUCGAAGGAACUGAAAAGAACCGCUCACACCAUCGUCAAGCCCCGUCAUGAUAAUGCCUCCUCCGAUCCGUCGUAUGCCCCAGGCGCUGUCCCAGCCGACUACGUUUUCAACACCCACAUCACUGCUCCCUCUCAACCCCGCAACCUUAAAUCGACUCUUUUCUCCCAAGCCCUCACACAUGCAAGCUUCCCCGACUCAAUGAUCGACGAUGGUCUUGCUGAAUUGGCCGCACUUCGCACCUCAGGCGGAUCUGACGUCACUCGUGUUGUGCCCGUGACAUCUACCAUCUCAGAGCCUACUGAGGACGCAUCCUCCCGAGACAACCACGUCACAGAGCUGGAAACCGAAGUGGCCAUGCUCAAGAAGAAGGCAGCGGUGAAUGAUACUGCUCGGCACGCUACUGCGGAUGAGGUUGUGCAAUUGCGCUCGGACCUGGCGACCCUGCAGGAUUACAUCAAUGAAUUGCAUGAGAAGCAAGAGGCCGCACAACGUGACAAGGUCGCGCGUCAAGCAAGGAAGGAAGAACGUGAAAUUAAGAAGCGGGAAGCGUGGCUCGCUGCUGAGAAAAAAGGGCGCAAUGGCGACGCCGCCAUGAAGAAGAUGGAUGUUGAUGGUGAUCUAACCAGCGACUCAGAUGACCUCAGCGAUGAGUAA